AUGGCGUCCUCGGACGUGGACCAGAAGAUCGUCGCCAUGCUCGCCAAGUCCACCGAGAUCGUGAACCCUAUGAUCUCGAAAGCGUUCUACAAAAUACUGGGUCUUUCGGUCAUGCUCUCGCGCAAACUCUACCGCGCGCGCAAGCUGCGCAAAUUGGACACAUCCAGGGAAACCAAAUCACUUGGCCUCUACCACCACAUCGUCUGGCUAUCUCGAGAAGGCCUCACGAUGCUCGAGGACUGGGUAAUUCCAUGGAUGAAAUUUGGCGACAACCAAGAACUCUUCGGACCGCACGCACGGGAAUGCAUCGUCAUGGCCGCAAAGCUGCGCGCCUCCUUCCUGCACAUAUUCUGCCUGUUCCACAACUAUCCGCCAGUGGGCCAAGUUAUCAACGCCACAACCACCUCUCCAACCUCAGGCACUUCCACCGUACGACGGACUUCUCCGCCAUCGGCCACAAAACCGCCCUACCGAAACGGCAGCAGCAACGGCAACGGCAACGGCGCCCUCCGCGAGCCCGCCCUCCGGGAUCCAGUGACCUCGAUUCUCUCCGACUCCUCCUUCGUCACAAACCCCUAUCCCCAAGACGCGCGCGGCAUCCCCCCUUCAUCAGCCGUACCCCCACCACUUCCAACCUCCCGCCCGCCCGGCCUCGACCCUAAUCCCCCAACCUGGCCCGACUUCGUCGUCCCCCCCUCCAGCACCAACCCGGGCAUCGCAACCUCGCACCCCCCGCCCGGCUUCUCCCCGCAACAACCGCGCCACGCGCCCCACCGCUCCCUCUCCCCCUCCUUCCUCCUCCCAGCCGUGAACUACAUCCCGCAAACCCUGGCCGCCUUCGCCGAAGCCGGCGCCCUCGGCGCGCGCCACCUCGCAGGCUCGCACCCGCUCCGCCUUUCCAUCGCGGUCGAGCACGCAGCCUUCCUGUGGGACGUGGUGGCCGCGCACGCGGAGAGCCGGCGGCUGGCGCGGCAGGCGAUCCGCGAGGUGUAUCGGGCCAGCGAGGGGAUUACGGAUGCCGAGUUCGACGACGCCGCGGAGUUGGUCGGGGUGCUGGGGAAGAUGAUGAAGAGGCGGAGCUGGGAGGGGACGCCGAGGGUUGGGGUCGGGGCGCAGGCGGCGGGGUCGGGGACGAGUAGUGAGGGCGUGGGUGGAGGGGCGGUGCCGGCGGGACGGAGGAAUGGGGAGGCGGUGCCGCCGCUGCCGACGGGGGAGGUGAGGAGGAGUAGUGCGGAGAGGGAGAGGAGGGUGGGGAGUGGUGGGAAUCGGAGGGAGAGCGGAGGCAGUGUGGCAAACAGCAAAGAGCAGAGGACUAGCGGCGGUAGCGCGGGACGGGAAUCCAGAAGGAGUGGCGGCAGUGGAAGGGAGGAGCGAAGGAGUAAUGGCAGUGGUGGGAAAGCAGAGAGCAGGAGUAGCGCCGGCAGCGGGAGAGAGAACCGCCGUACUACAGGAAGCCGAUGA